AUGAUGCUCCUGAUACCCUCCCGUGCGGUGUUUCUUGCUAUGCUGCGUAGCUUGAAAACCGAUGGUCGGCAGCAGGGUCACAGCGGCAGGGAUGGAUGCAUUAUCCGUGGCUACUUUAAAUCGCGGUACGUUGUUUUGAACCACCUCCUUAGCAUUUACAUCUAUCCCGCUGAUCCCCUUAUUAGUCUGGUCAUUGGACUCCACUACCGCAGUUCAUGGAAGCCGUGGUACAACCGCGAAGAUCCUCCGCAUCCGUCGAAGUACCUCAGGGCAAAUGAACCCGUGCGGGAACUUGCAGCACCGUAUCGACUCUGGUAG